GUACCCCAAACCAGAGCUCCUUCUCCCCCUUGUCUCUGUCCUCACUAUUUAGAGGACGUGGUGCUGAGAUUGAAGUGUGUGGCCCAAGAAGAAGAUGGCCCCCAACAAAGACUUGAUCCUAUGGACCUUCACCCUGGCAGUCCUGCUGAGUCCCUGGGGAGCCAGGGCUAUUAAAGAGAACCACGUGAUCAUCCAAGCAGAGUUCUACCAGACCCAUGAGCCUUCAGGAGAGUUCAUGUUCGAUUUUGAUGGGGAUGAGAUUUUCCAUGUGAAUUUGGAAAAGAAGGAGACAUUCUGGAGGCUUCCUGACUUCAGCAAAUUUGCCAGUUUUGAAGCUCAGGGUGCUCUGGCCAAUCUUGCUGUGGACAAAGCCAACCUGGAAAUCAUGAUGAAACGGUCCAACAAUACCCCUGACACCAAUGUGCCCCCUGAAGUGACUGUGUUUCCCAAGGGCCCAGUGGAGCUGGGCCAGCCCAACGUCCUUGUCUGCUUCAUUGACAAAUUCUCUCCUCCUGUACUUAAUGUGACAUGGCUUCAUAAUGGGCGUCCCAUCACUGAUGGUGUGUUCGAGACUGUCUUCCUCCCUCGCUCUGACCAUGCCUUCAGAAAAUUCCACUACCUCACCUUUAUCCCCUCUGCCACUGAUUACUAUGACUGUGAGGUUGAUCACUGGGGACUGGAGCAACCUGUUAUCAAACACUGGGAACCAGAAGUACGGACUCCACUGCCAGAGACAACAGAGACCGUGGUCUGUGCCCUGGGCCUGGCCAUUGGCCUGGUGGGCAUCAUCGCAGGCACCAUCCUGAUUAUCAAGGGCAUGCGAUCAAGCAACACUUCCCGUGGUGGCCCCCGUGGACCCCUGUGAUAACUUUUCUAUGAGAUGAAAAUAACCAGAAGAUCCCAGCUCCUGACUUGGCCUCCCAACCCAGCUUUCCUGUGCUGCCCAUUUCAGCUUCUCUUCUGGGUAUUUGUUUUUCACCAGUUCCUCUGAGGGACUCAUACCAGUGACUCUUCCAACUCUUUUCCCCCUUAAAAACCCAUAACUCCACUUGAGGGUCGAACUUUUACACCAACCCCCUCACCCACCCACCCCCACACACUCCCACUGCCACCUCCACAUCCACAUCCCCCACAACGUGCCCUCCUCCCCACCACCCCUGAACUCUCUACCCCUAUCAUCUUGCUUAGUUUUCCCCCUACCCCAAUUAAAGGAACAAGGUACAGUGAAAAGAGUACUUUGAAGUCAGAUGGAUGUGUGUCCAAAUUCUACCUGACACUUAUUACCUGUGUGACCUGGGGAAAGUCAUUCAACCUCUCAGGGCCUCAUUUUCCUCAUUUGUAAAAUAAGGAGACUGUACUAUAUGAUCCUUAAAAAUCCCUUCUACCAAGGGCAGCUAGGUGGCGCAGUGGAUAGAGCACCGGCCCUGGAGUCAGAAGUACCUGAGUUCAAAUCCGGCCUCAGACACUUAAUACUUACUAGCUGUGUGACCCUGGGCAAGUCACUUAACCCCAAUUGCCUCACUUAAAAAAAAAAAUCCCUUCCACCUCGAAAUCUCUUAUAUUAUGAAUUUAUAUCUCCACUUCCGUGCUCUGCCCUGCCUGCCAACCCUUCCCUUGUUCUUCCGUAAUCUUGAAAAUAUAGCAGACUCUAGGGAAUUGUUUCUCAUCUGUACCUAAUUAGCUUCUCUCCCCAUUGAGGUGAGGGGGGACCCAAGGCCCCACUUUGAUUGUCCUCCAGUUCCUAUCACUGCUGCCCAUUCAACAUUCUGGAAACUAUUCCAAAACAAAUAAAUGCCUGGGCACAUCAGUGUUA